AGUAUAAUAAAUCAAACUAUAAUUGAUAAUAAAAGACAAAUAUCUGGGACGUGCAUAGCACAAGGCGAGACAGAGACUGUAAGGCACCGGAGGCAACAUGGCUCAACAGAAGAACCUUGAAGGCUAUGUGGGGUUUGCCAAUCUCCCAAACCAGGUGUACAGGAAAUCUGUGAAGAGGGGAUUUGAAUAUACACUAAUGGUAGUCGGUGAGUCUGGUCUGGGGAAGUCAACACUCAUCAAUUCACUAUUCUUAACGGAUUUAUAUGCUCCGGAUUAUCCUGGUCCCUCACACCGAAUUAAAAAAACUGUUCAGGUUGAACAGUCAAAAGUUUUAAUCAAAGAGGGAGGAGUACAGUUACUUCUAACAAUAGUAGACACACCAGGAUUUGGCGACGCGGUGGAUAAUAGCAACUGUUGGCAGCCAGUCAUUGAUUACAUUGACAGUAAAUUUGAAGAUUAUUUAAAUGCAGAAUCUCGUGUGAACAGACGUCAGAUGCCAGACAACCGCGUGCAGUGCUGCCUAUACUUCAUUGCUCCAUCAGGGCACGGAUUGAAGCCAUUGGACAUAGAGUUCAUGAAACGUUUGCAUGAAAAAGUCAACAUCAUUCCACUCAUUGCCAAAGCUGACACCCUCACACCAGAAGAAUGCCAGCAAUUUAAAAACAUAAUGAAAGAAAUCCAGGAGCACAAAAUCAAGAUCUACGAGUUUCCAGAAACAGAUGACGAAGAAGAAAAUAAACUGGUGAAAAAAAUAAAGGACCGUUUACCUCUUGCUGUGGUGGGUAGUAACACGACUAUAGAAGUCAAUGGCAAGAGAGUAAGAGGAAGACAGUAUCCCUGGGGAGUGGCAGAAGUUGAAAACAGUGAGCACUGUGAUUUUACUAUUCUGCGAAACAUGUUGAUAAGAACCCAUAUGCAGGAUCUUAAGGAUGUCACCAAUAACGUACAUUAUGAGAAUUACAGGGGCAGAAAAUUGGCAGCAGUGACUUAUAAUGGUGUUGAUAACAAUAAAAACAAAGGUCAGCUAACGAAAUUUGACACAGUUGAAGGCAUGAGCCCUCUGGCUCAGAUGGAAGAGGAGAGAAGGGAACACGUGGCCAAAAUGAAGAAAAUGGAGAUGGAAAUGGAACAAGUUUUUGAAAUGAAGGUCAAAGAAAAAGUUCAGAAACUAAAGGACUCCGAGGCUGAGCUUCAGCGACGCCAUGAACAAAUGAAAAAGAACUUGGAAGCUCAGCACAAGGAACUCGAAGAGAAACGACGUCAGUUUGAGGAAGAAAAGUUAAACUGGGAAGCUCAACAACGCAUACUGGAACAGCAGAAUUCUUCCAGGACUUUGGAGAAAAACAAGAAGAAAGGGAAGAUAUUUUAAAAUUAUUCCUGGACCACCAUAUUCUCUAUCAGUUGCCAACUUGCCAGCCCAGACAUCAGUGUUUGUUGGAACCAUUCAGCCACUUUUGAAACCAGUCACAUCUAUAAAUGUUGGAUUUAUUCGGCAUGACCUUUUUUAUUAUUAUUCUUGAUGGAGAUUAAGAUGCCUUGAAUUGUUUAAGGUUUGCAUUCUUGGAGAACUAUUUGCUGCAAGCAAUUGCUCCCUUUCCUUCCUUAACUCUCUUUUUAACUGAUGUCUAAAUUUUAAAAAGCAAGAAAAAAAAAAAAAAAGCAUUUUACUGUUGUAUAACCUUGGUCUGGGGGCUGGUUGCAAGAUAUUCCACAGUACAAGGACUUUGGCUUACAAUGAAGAUAAAAAAACCGCCAUAUUUUGUUGCAUCUUCUAACUUGCGCACAUGUAAUACAGACUUUCAUACAUACGGUUUAUUGUAAUUUACAUUUUUCCCUAAUUUUGACACUUCCUUUGUUUAAAAUUACACAUGGGAAUAUAGGCUUACAGUGCACAGAAGGCUUUUUUUCCCCCAAGAACCUCCCUCUCGUGUUUGGGAAUUUAAGUAUAUACUAUUUCCAUUUAGUAACUUCUUUAGCCAGAAGAAUCUAAUUAUUGCUUCCUUUUGUAAUAACAUUUACUUUAAAUAUUUUCUUUCCAAGUAUUGGCCCUACUGAAUUAAAAUAUAGCUUAUUUACAGUACGAAUCGGUAAAAAAAAACAACCUUUUUUUGCAUCUUUUACAUACUUGCCUAAGUUUUGUGGUAAAGCAGCAGGAAUGAUGCAUUUAUAGGUCAUUUCUAGGUGAAAAUUAACAACCAGUCUGUUCCUACUUUAUUGUGCAGUCUGUUUUAUGUUUUACUAGAAAUGGAAAUAAUGUCCUCAUAAUAAGAGGAACGUCACAAUUUUGCAUUUAGCUGUAUUCAUAUACUGCAUUUCUGUAUUUUUUUUGUUUGUAUUGUACAAAGUCACAUAAUAAACAAUGUUGUGAUGUAAAAAAAAAAAAAAAAAAAAAAAAAAAAGACAAA